AUGGAAGUUCUCACACUAGACAAUGUCUACUACAGCAGAAAAGAAGGUCUACAAAAGGCUGUGGUGAAGAUGGCAUCCUCUGGGAUUGGGGUGAAGCUGCACGGGGUGGCUGAUAUUAUCACAAUGCCUGCAGAUGGGAUAAAAGAAAUCAUUGAGCAUUAUGGAGUAAUUUCCCACACGCUAAAAAUAGUUAUACAGAAUGGAGCUGUGCAUAUAAUAGAUGGGAUUACAGCAGAACACUUAGAGAACAUUAAGCAGUAUGCAAAGAAGCACUACAAGCUAAACAUAUAUCACAAGUCUCUCUGCGUGGAGGGCAAUGUACAUGGCACGAUUGAGCUGCAGAAUGUCUCGCUAGAGUUUAAGUCGCAGAACAAUGCUAUUUUUGAUGUGCCGCUUGAGGCGAUUUCAAAUGCGUAUGAAAGAAAGGGAGAGGGAAUCAUAGACAUAAAUGAAACAUACUUUGGCGUAUCUGAGAUUCGUUUUGGGUCCCUGAAAGAGGAAAGCAAUGUUGUCCAGCUAGUAGAUCUGAUAAAGAGCUCUACUGUGGGGUCUGACCAACUGGAGAUUUUCUCAAUUGACGAGGUUACUUCUAUUCUACCAAGAGGAAAAUACAAAAUCACGCUUACAUCUUCCUAUAUACAUCUUAUUGGAAAGAGGUACAGCCAUCAAAUGCUUUACAGUAGCAUUUCUCGGCUGUUUUAUUUAGAGAGAAAUGCGGAGGAAGGUGUGGAAGAAAUGUCGUAUCUUAUUUUUGAGCUGAAUACUCCAGUUAGGCAGGGCCAGACAAGGUAUCAUUUUGUAAAUCUGCUUGUGCCUGAAGAAAAAGUAAAGAUGAUUCUGGGUAAGAACUCUACUAUUAUAUAUCCAGAAGAUGAGGAAGAGCCACCAGUUGAUCCCGAAGAGAAGAGGAAGAUUGAAGAAAGGGGAAUUGACUAUAUUCAAGAAGGCACCUUGUCCGGGUGUGUAGUGGAUAUGGUGGAAAAGCUGUCUGGUAUUAAAGCAAUGAACACAGGAACAUUUGCUACUUUUGCAGGAGGAAAGGCGCUGAAAUGCUCUCUAAAGGCGAACGAGGGAUACUUGUACCCGCUAAAAAACGGAUUUUUGUUUGUCCCACAAAUUGUGUAUAUUGAGUACAACCAUAUUAAGACGGUUGAAUUCAGCAGAGUGAAUUUGAGCUCAAGAACAGCAAAAACCUUUGAUGUGCGUGUAAUUUUACUGGAUAAAAAGGAGUACAUGUUCAAUGGGAUACAGAAGGUUGACUACAAUGCGCUUGAGACAUAUCUAGGCAAGAAGGAUGUCAACUGUCUGAAUGAGGUGGUUAACGAAGAGUGGGCUGCAGCUGUCUCUGACGAGGACGAAGAAACUGCUAGCGAGGGCACAAGCGGUGAUCUUUCGGAAGAAACAGAGGAGACAGAAGAGGAGGGGUCUGCUGCACACUCUGGCUCGGGUUCAGCUGAAGAGUCUAAUGAAUAGGUAAUAAAAAG